CGAAAUUUAUUAUUCGUACUAUAAUGAAUUACGCUAGUUUAACUUUGUGCAUAUCAGCUUGCAUUAUACCGGCCUUUACAGCCACACCUGUAGAAGAUGGUAAAUGCGUGAAAAUUUAUUACACCGCUGACGAUUACUACAAGUUUUAUUGUUUCCGAAUGAUCGAUAAUGUGCUGUCGAUAAAGACCGAUAAGAAUGAUACAAUUAAAUUUGAAUCGACCAGAAAUGAUCAAAGUUGCGUUAAAAUUACCGGGCCGAACGCGAUGAAACCCUCGGAAACCACAUGCGAAGAUUAUUCUACAGAGGAUUGCUACAAAGAGGGCGAAUCGCUACAUUUUCCGAACGAAGAAAGCGGAAAUAUACCUUGCAAGAAAUCGCAGCGACAUGAUGCACUCUUGAUGCAAGCUAAAGCCGAUAAAUUAGUCGUUAUUUUCGAUGUGAUUUCAACAAAGAAAUCGAUAAUCUACGUACCAUACAAUCGACCCGAAAGAGAAUAAAUUCACCUAUAAAUAUGCAGAUUACGCUACACCAAGAAUUAAUAAAACCGUUACAAAAG